ACAAAGUUCUGAGUCGCGAUUGCAGUUUACAAAUAGCAAAACCUCAUACGCGACUAUUCUUCCACACUUCAGAUUCAUCAUCCUUCACAUCCAGUUUGCAAAAUAAAGUAAACAAACGAUCAAUUUGCCGUAGAAGACACGCAGAUGAAGCCGAUUAGGCUUCCGGAACCGCCCGGUAGUCCACCGAGAGGCGUACCGGACAUAUUCGAAGGCGGUGUUUACGGUGUUGUGAAGCGUGCUGUUAUCAUCGGUAACGGUUUUCCGGCGUCGGAGAAUCAGAGCGCCGGUUUAGUUCGAGCGCUUGGAUUGUCGGAGAAGCAAACUCUAUAUCGUGUUACAAGGCCAAGAGGGGGAAUAAAUGAAUAUCUGCAUUGGCUCCCAGUUUCACUCCAUAAACAGAUAUAUUACAUUAUCAGACUGAUUUAUGGUUAUUCGCAAGUUCUAUUUACCAGCAGAGGAAGUAGAGUUCAAUCUUUAACUGGAGAAAAUGGUGGCAGUGUAGGUUUAUCAUCUGUACUUGAAGCUGAUGUGAAGUCAAUAGUAAAAUUGGCAAAGGGAACUGCUGAGAAGGAUGGGCCUCUAUUGGUGGUUGCAUGUGGCAGAGAUACCAUAUCGAUUGCAAGCUCCAUAAAAAAACUAGCAUCUGAAAGUGUGUUUGUUGUUCAGAUUCAACAUCCACGAACACAAUUGAAUAGGUUUGACCUGGUGGUUGCUCCUCAACAUGAUUAUUAUGCUCUGACAGCUCAUGCACAAGAGCAGGUUCCCAGGCUUUUCCGCAAGUAUAUAACUCCCAACGAGCCUCCUAGCAAGAACGUGGUUCUUACUGUGGGAGCUUUGCAUCAAGUUGAUUUUGCUGCACUUCGCAGUGCAGCUAUUGCCUGGCAUGAUGAGUUUGCACCUUUGCCCAAACCCUUAAUCGUGGUUAACAUUGGGGGCCCUACAAGUCAUUGUAAAUACGGUACAGAUCUUUCAAAGCAGUUGACAAACUAUUUGCGUGGCGUUCUUGAUAGCUGUGGAAGUGUAAGAAUUUCUUUCUCAAGGAGGACCCCAGAUAAGGUUGCUAAUUUCGUGCGGAAAGAACUUGGAGACCAUCCAAAAAUCUAUGUAUAUGAUGGUGAAGAACCAAAUCCUCACAUGGGACAUCUAGCUUGGGCAGAUGCUUUCAUUGUCACAGCCGAUUCAAUCAGCAUGUUGAGUGAAGCCUGCAGCACUGGGAAACCUGUAUAUGUAGUCGGAGCUGAACGUUGUAAGUGGAAAUUCGCUGAAUUUCAUAAAACUUUAAGGGAAAGAGGUCUGGUUCGACCUUUUACAGGCCUUGAGGAUAUGUCAGAAAGCUGGAGCUACCCGCCUCUAAACGACACCGCAGACGUUGCAAAUCGUGUACAUGAGGCGCUUGCUGACCGAGGAUGGAGAUUGCGGCCAUAAGAAAAUCGUCCAAGCUAGUUAUGAUCCUUUGGUUUUGCUUAAUCUGCAACAUCUGUCUGAUUUAUCAACCACGCGUGUUCGAGAUUCUGCAGAUAUACUACAAACUGGUAGGCUUUUUCUUUUUUCCUUUUCCUCGUGCUUUGGGGAUUAUACAUAAUAUAGUUUUGAUACAGACAUGGAGGCGUGCUUGUAUUUAACCGGCAUUUACAAAUUACAGCUUUAGUUUGAAAAUUAAACCUUGAGGGAGAGAUUCAUUUGUGUUCUUUGAACUUAUCUGUUUUAAGUCGAAGCUAAUAAGAGAUGCGUGUGUAUCGUUUAGAUGGUUAGUGACGUAGUAUUUGGCUAUUUGUUAGUAGAUCAAAUAUAUGUGUAACCGAGAUAUGAUGGAUUCGAAUGAAUUUAUGACACGACACGAGAUUCGAGAUUA